AUGACUGCCGUUGCCCCUGUGCCGGCGGGCACCUUUAUGUCCGGUACCAAGGUACAGGUGGGAAGCCACCGAGUCGUGGUAGAGAAAUAUCUUUCCGAAGGAGGAUUCGCCCAUGUCUACGUCGUUCGCCUUCCGAGGCCCGUCGAUGGGGUCGAGACCGCGGUUUUGAAACGGGUGGCCGUCCCGGACAAGGCAUCGUUGGCCAACAUGAGGACGGAGGUGGAAACAAUGAAGAGGCUGAAGGGCCACAAACACAUCGUCACAUACAUCGAUUCACACGCCUCACAGCUCAAAGGAGGAGGAUACGAGGUCUUCUUGCUCAUGGAGCACUGUGCUGGUGGCGGCCUGAUCGACUUCAUGAACACCAGGCUACAGAAUCGGUUGACAGAACCUGAGAUUUUGAAGAUAUUCGGUGAUGUCACCGAGGGUGUCGCCUGUAUGCAUUACCUGAAGCCUCCACUGCUGCACAGGGACCUCAAAGUUGAAAAUAUCCUGAUCUCCGGGAACGGUCCGGCCCGCUGCUACAAGCUCUGUGAUUUCGGCUCUGCUGCUCCCCCAAGACCUGCAGCUACCUCCGCAGCCGAGGGUAGGCUGAUCGAGGACGAUGUGCAGAGGCACACUACUCUGCAGUAUCGAAGCCCGGAAAUGAUAGACGUUUAUCGAAAACAGCCCAUCGACGAGAAGAGCGACAUCUGGGCUCUCGGUAUCCUAUUGUACAAGCUAUGCUACUAUACCACCCCUUUCGACGAGGCCGGCCAGAUGGCUAUUUUGAACGCAAAGUUCAAGUAUCCAGCCUACCCUCCUUUUUCAGACAGAUUAAAACUCUUGAUAGCCACCAUGCUCAAAGAACAUCCAAAAGAACGGCCAAACAUCUACCAGAUUUACUCCAGCCGUUCCCAAUCCGAAUCUAGACGAAAUCAACAACUACCCUCUUCCCCUCCAGUAGAAGCACCAAAAGUCGGAGCUACAUUCACUCCUCCCAUUCAGGAAACCAAGAUUAUCCCAGAUAUUGCGCCGAUGAGGAGAGGUCGGCCGACAAAGCCUAGCGACCAGAAUGUUGCCUCUAAGCCCAGCUCAUCCCCCCUCAGAACUUCUGGCGACCCAUUUGCGGCGCUUGAUGGCACUAAGCGGAAUUCCAACUCCGAUGAGCUGUCCGCGCGAUUCCCGACCCUAGAUCAGUUCUCCCUUCUCCAUGAAAAGGGUGGAACUUUCAACUUCGAAUCCACGGCUGCAGAGGCCCCUCCUAACCCGGAUGAACUAUCCAAGAGAGUCACAAACGCCCUUGCUGACGAGGCGUUUUCGAAGCCCAUAACAUCUCCACAACCCAGUCCGACGCUUGGAGGAGCUCAUACGACAAACCGAGGAGAUCCGUUACCGGAUAAAAAGACAGUUCCAUCACCAUACCUAAGAGCGGAACCCCCUCGACAACAAGUCCCUAUACAGCAGCCAAUACCUCAAAAACCAAUCAUGGUAUCUACUGGGACCAUGACCUCUCCAUCACCUGUUAGUCAAUGCCCAGAGAGUCCUUCGUUCUCCCAACGACCAGUGGGGAGUCAGAGUAUAAAGAGUGGAAACAGGUCUAUAAAGAAGCAACAAUUUGACUCCAAACCAAUUCAACCUGAAGAGCUUCCUAGGUCACCAGCAUCCUCACGGCCAUCUUUGGAAGGGACGCGGCCCACGGCUUCUGAUCUUACCGACCCGCUAACUCGUUCAAAAUCUGCGAACUCGAAAUCUCGGCCUUCUGCUGCAUAUGCGGGAUCGAGAUUAGACUACCUUAGAGAUAGAGGGCGGGAACGCUCGUCUGAGGAAGAAGAAACAUUCUUACGUCCAUCUCUCACAGAUCAAGACCGCGACUAUAGCCAGCCGUCCAACAUGUCCGACGUCGAUUUCUUACGAGCCAAAGAGGAAGAGGAAAUGAGCCGGAAACGUGAAAAGCGGCUAAGUGGUGGUGCUAAACAUACAAAACGAGGUAGCCUGUCUUCACUAUCAUUGUCAGGAACCAAGACCCUCCUUGCAGGGCGCUUCGGGGAUGCAUUCCGCCGCUUUGAAAAUAACGCCCCUCAGGACAGAAACCAGUCUCCAUCACCCGAAAAUGACACUCAACAUCUUACCCCCAUUACCGGCUCUGAAUUAACAGAUAUGAGCGAUGAUGGCCGUGCGUAUGACGGUGUCGAUGCUGACGACAUAUCUGCCGAAAUGCGCCGGGAAAUGGAACGACGUCGUUUGUCCAUGGAGGAAAGGAGAGUUGCAGAGGCUGCUGCCCAGUAUCGCUCACAAUUAAAUGAGCGAGAAGACGGAAGCUCCUCAAGACCAGCAGGAUUGGGGAUAGGAGGCAGUGGUCGAGCAGCUGCCAUUGAAAACAAGGUACAAUCUCUAUUAAAGGAAACGGAGAAGGCACCACCUGUCAAAACAGCUUCAGGAUAUGGGAGAUAUACGGACUCGGUACCUGCAACGCAGACGAAACGAUUUGAAACUUCACUGCCAGAAAGACCAACGUCUACGCAGUGGUUCCCACCAGCCUCUGGACCUUCACAUACACCCGAUUUCUGUCCUCAGCCAUCCUCAAAGGAUAGCGAUUUUCCAUCUUCUGGCCUAAAAUAUAAUACGGGCCAGCACCAGGCUUCUUCUGCUGCCGCACGCCCAGCCCAACGCCCCGUAGCACCCCCAAAGCCUAAGAGUUUACGAACUAAUGUCCAAACUGCCAAUCAAACCGGUAACACCGACUACAGUCACUCCCAACAUCCACGUCCUACCAGGCAAGCGAAUGCUACACCAGGAAACCCCGCGGAAGACUGGGAGCAAAACUUCAGCCGCCGAUACCCCAGCCUCUCCGGGCUUGAACUAGUCGAGACAGAAAUCGAUAUCCCAAAAACUUCAUUAGGCCGUACCACAGCUACGACUACGAGCAAGGGACUCUGA